AUGGGUCGUAAAGAUACAGCCGCCGUAGUGUGUGAAAUUUGUGGAGAUAAGUCAUACGGUAGACAUUACGGAGUUUGGGCUUGUGAUGGAUGCAGUUGCUUUUUCAAGCGAAGUGUUCGCAAGAAUAUAAUUUACACUUGUAUAGCAGGCAACUGGAGAUGUGUAGUUGAUAAAGGCAGAAGGAAUUGGUGUCCAGCUUGUCGGUUGGCAAAAUGUACUAAACUCAAUAUGAAUCGACUUGCAGUUCAAAAUGAACGAGGUCCUCGGAAAUUACGAUGUAUUACAAUACCAAGGAUCAACAAUUUGAAUUCUUUCAAAUAUGACAUGAUUUUUUCGAAAGCUGUUUCCUUAACAGGAAAAUGUAUACUUCUGAACUUUAUGAUAUCGGAACAGCGGAGAGAAGUUGUCGAGGAAAACUGCCAGAUGAUAUUUGCUCUUUUAUUAUUGCUCAAUGGGGAUCAGACAACGAUACGAAGGUUUACUACAAAUGAAAAUGUACCGAGUGGAGUUUCAUGUGAUCCAGAACAACUGCGGCUUCUGGUAUGCAUCAUUCUGUCUCAAUCUAGUGAGUUUCAAUAG